CAUGCUUCGUUCCCGCACUACCGUACUCCUGACGUCUACCUCCCGUGUACCGACCAACGCCUGUCUCCCGACCUACCCCGUCAAAGUAAUGUCAUCGAAACCAGUCCACAGGAUCCAACGACUGCUUCUUCUGGGCGCCGUCAUCCUAGGAUGCUUUGUGACUCUCUUUGUGAUGUAUUUGAACUCGUCCACUGGCUGGCAGUCAGGUACUGUGGAGUCCAUUGCUCCCAGCGAGCACCCCAAGGGUAUCUUUACCAAGAGCGACCGGAAUGUGACCACGGUGCUCAUCUGGCUCUGGCCCUUUGGCGAGAAGAGGAGCAAACUGAAUGCAUGUGCCCAGGAGUUCGGCGUUGAUGGCUGCUUCAUUACAGCCAACCGAAACUUCUACCAAAAGUCGGACGGCGUCGUCAUCCACCAUCACGACAUCCGCUCCGACUUAUCCAACCUUCCGCCACUCCAACGUCCGUCCUUCCAGAAGUGGAUCUGGAUGAACCUGGAGUCACCUUCGCGGUCUUCCAAGCUGGGUGGCAUUAACGACCUCUUCAACCUAACGCUCAACUACCGCCUUGACGCCGAUAUCCCAGUGCCUUAUGGCUCUCUGGUUUCCAGUCAGGGUGUGGACGACUUCAUCCCGCCCAAAAAGAACAAGCUGCUCUGCUGGAUUGUGAGCAACUGGAACACGAGCUACACACGCGUCAAGUACUACAACGAGCUGGAGAAGCAUAUCAAAGUGGACGUGUAUGGCAGGGCCUUCAACAAGUUCCUCACAACGCAGAAAUAUGCUUCCACCCUCACGAACUGCAAGUUCUACCUCGCAUUCGAGAACUCCAUCCACAAGGACUACAUCACCGAGAAGUUCUUCAAUCCAUUAGGAGCGGGCACUGUACCCGUGGUGCUGGGCCCGCCGCGGGCCGAUUACGAAAACGUCAUCCAAGGGGACGCCUUCAUCCACGUGGAUGACUUUGCGUCACCUAAGGAUCUGGCCGACUACCUGCUACUACUGGACAAGAACGAGGAGAUAUAUCUCCGAUAUUUUGAGUGGCGGAAGCACUUUAAGGUGAAGAGGAGGCCUUUCUUGACAGAGCACGCAUGCGUCGCCUGCGACUACCUUCGCAGGCACAGGGAGUCGCAGGUGGUCAAGAACCUUGACAAGUGGUUCUGGGGCUGAGCCACUUUGUGUCACUGGUGAAGGUUGUCCGACGUUUAUUCUUCAACCUCACCAAGAUUUUUCCUGGCGUCUCCACUUUUUCAUUCUGUUUUGAUUCAGCAACCAAUUUUAUUCCAUGUGUGCCAAUUUUCAAAGGCUUAUUUUUGGAUUCAUCGGGCCCCCUGCAAAAAUGUACUUUUGUACCCUACAUUUAAACGCACACAUUUAUACUUUCAACUCAUUACAUUGUUAAAACGGGCUUAUUCUUUUUUUUCAACCUCUGCAAAUGACAUCACAAAGUUAAAAAGACCGUAGAGAAUUGUUUCAUUUUGUCAAUCCAUGUAUGAUUUUGAAAAGUCGUGUGUAUUGUGCCAGCCCUGCAAACCAUCAGAUUCUGACGCGUAAAAAUUCUCCUCUUACUCCCAAAAAUGUCAUCAUGGU